GGGGGGAUUCCAUCCUGUCAGAUUUGGGAUGCAGAGCGAGAGCGAGAGCAUCUUGUGACUUGUCCUCUCUUCGCCGGGGUUCUGCACCAGAAGCGAAAGAGACGUGCCGCCUCUCGCUCAGGUUGCCUCGCUCGCUCUCCGCCGGCGCUGCGCUUUUAAGGUGGCCCAGCGGGAUCCAGCCCGCUCCGCCAGCCGCCUUCCGCGUGUCCUUCGGCAGGGAGGCCUUAAAGAGACCUCCUCGCCGGCUUCCACACAGAGCCACCAGCUUGAGCGGCGCUCCACCGCGCUGCUUUGUAAGGAGGCGCCGGGAAUCGGCUCCGCUUCAGUCGCUGGGAGGCUGGAGAAGGAGCCGUCCAGGAGCCGAGGCGCUCGAGAGCUGCUGCCGCUGCGGGCACGUGCUGCACCCGCCGCAGCCGGCAAAGCUGGGAGCUGGAGCCGGACGGUCGCCUUCCUUUCCGCGCUGGGGCGCGGGGGAACCGCUGCCUUGCCUGGCCGUCAGAUCCCCUCGCCGACACUUGUUGGGGAGCCUCAGAACUGACCCAUGAAGCAGAUCGACGCAUGAUUCCCUCAGCACCCUGAAGACUUGGCUCCUCUUCCAGGGAUGUAAGAAACUUAGGACGUCUGGCCCCUAAUGCAUCCCAGGAAUGCAGCUCCUGCCCAGAAGUUUGCAUUAAAGGCCUACAGAAAAAGCACCACCGCUACCUGAUAGACAGGAAUGUGGAAGAAGGCAAGCAAGGAAGUGCCAAACUUAUGCACUCAGCUCCCCAGGAGAACCUCAGAAGACACAACCCUACAGCAGAUACCAGGAAUGCCAGGGGGCUAAAUAUCUGCCAGACGGUUCCCCAAGGCCAUUGGUAUCAAGGCAUGCCCCCAGCUGUGACAGAUAACUGGGAGAUGCCUGGGCACUGGAAGCUUUCUGCAGCAUGCUGAGGAGACGUAACCUUCUCACCACACUUCUGAUAGCUUUGCCAUGGGGUCUUCUCCUAACAUUGUGGCACCAGUAUCCAACUACCCGCUACCUCAGCCUUCUGAGAAAGGAAACUGAAGAAAACUUGACAGUCAAAUCUCUCUUCAAUAGCACAGCUCUAUUGAGGGAAGAUGGGCUCUCAUCAUGUGCUCAGCAGCCGGCUGUUGGGAUAAGCCACAAAAUAAUCCGCAGCUAUGUGUACGCCAGGCCUCCACCGUGGUCAGAUACACUGCCUGCCAUAUUUAUCAUCACGCCCACCUACAACCGGCCAGUGCAGAAGGCUGAGCUGACCCGUCUGGCCAACACAUUCCUCCAUGUGCAGAACCUCCACUGGAUCGUGGUGGAGGACUCGCCCAGAAGGACCAACCUUGUGUCCAAUCUGCUGGAGAAGACGGGGAUCAAUUUUACUCAUCUGAACGUUGAGUCUCCAAAAAGUCUGAAAGUGGGCGUGGCUUGGCCCUCUCAAACUCCAAGGGGCACGCUGCAGAGGAAUCUUGGACUCCAUUGGUUGAGGGAAAGCUUCAGCGAGACCCCUCCACCAGAGGGCGUCGUGUAUUUUGCUGAUGAUGAUAACACCUAUAGCCUGGAGCUGUUUGAAGAGAUGCGCUACACAAAGAAGGUGUCUGUGUGGCCAGUUGCCUUUGCUGGUGGCCUCAGAUAUGAGUCUCCCAAAGUGAGCCCAGCUGGCAAAGUGGUGGGCUGGAAGACAGUGUUUGACCCUAGCCGGCCCUUUGGAAUCGAUAUGGCUGGCUUUGCCGUCAGCAUCAAAUUGAUACUGGAGAAACCUCAGGCCAGUUUCAAGCUGGAUGGUGUGAAAGCAGGCUACCAAGAAAGCAGUUUACUGAAGGAUCUGGUGACUCUGGAUGGAUUGGAGCCCAAAGCUGCCAACUGCACAAAGAUCCUGGUCUGGCACACAAGGACUGAAAGGCCAGUACUGGUUAAUGAAGGCAAACGGGGAUUCACAGACCCAAGAGUGGAGGUGUAGAGAAAUCGCCCUAUGCUAUGGUACCUUCACCGCAUCUCUGGACAUGUUCGGCAUACUGAUGAAACAAUCAAGCAUAACGUGCUCCUUGUGUUCAUAUCUGCAAGCCUCCGACUUCCCUAAAGCCAUGAAAGAAAGACACAACUAUCCAUCAUUUGCUUUGCAUCCUGCCCUUUCACCAUAGAACUAGGAGAAAGUAUCUGCUGGCUCCUGCAUGCUUAUUUAUUUGUUGGAAGGCUUUUUUAAACAGAACAGCAACUGUUUACAGGAAGCACCUGGGACAAUGGAAGAAGGUUUACACAGUGGCAGGGUCUCUCUUUGCUAAUCCCAUCUCCCUGAAUAAAUUACCGAAGCCUUAUUUUGCAAAGCAGUUAAACAUGGGCUUCUGUAAAUCUACCCCCAAGCCAGGGCAAUUUAAAGGAGGGCAGACUUGCAGUAUUAACCGUAAAAUAUUUCAACAUCACUUUAAGGAAGAGAUGCUCUCAGAACUGCUUAAACACUCAUUCAGUCAGAGGUAUUCUCCCUCUGAAAGAAUGCAGAAAGUCGGACCAUUUUUGCUUGGAGCUAUGUUUUAGGCAUAUCAAUGCACUGAGAUCUACUUCAGUUUCCUUUUCAAGAUCCAAAAUGCAAACAAGGUUCCAGCUACCUCCAGUUUCUCUUGUACCUGAAUAACAAACUGAGCUAGAAAGUGGGGCCACUCAAGCCCGAAGGCUUCAUGUUUUCGACUCAGUAGGCUGAAAUCCUCAUGCGCUAUGUUCUUUAGAGAAACUCUUUUCCACAAGAGAUAGAGGCAACCAUUCCACGUCCAGUGCUUCUUAACCCUCCUUGGUAUAAGUGGAUGACAUCUUGGGCAAUAGGCUCAGAUGUAGGCUUCCUGGAGACAUCUGGCUGGAUGCUGGACUAGACGGACCUUUGCUCUGAUACAGCAAGUCUCUCCCUAUGUUUCUUGCACUGCUGUAGUUCUCUUGUUGCACAUCCUGGAGCUACCACAGUGCACUUGCAUGAUCAGUUUUGCUUCAUUACCUGUCUGGACUGCUAUGAACUCCAACAAAACAACACAUCUGGAGUGAGUGGACAGUGUUCAAGUGCUACUGAGCCAUAGACUCCAAGCUUAAUAUUCCAUGUGAAAAUGCAGGAGUACCUGGAAGGCAAAAUCCAGAAACAAAACUUGAGCAACUGGAAAGGGGAACCAGAAGGGGCUACCAAAAGCCCUAGUUGCUGAAACCAGAUCAAUACUCAGCCAUUGUGAAAAUUACAGAGGACUAAAGCACCUACUAGCAGUCAACAAUCAUAUUUGUAGUUGAGAAAGGGUUGUCGGGACAUCAGUAAGGCUCAGGACCAGUGUAGAGUCAAAGAAAAAAAAGGCACGUAUGGGCUAAAACCUGCAAAGGUGUGAUGGCUUGAUAGCACAAGAGUUUUUUCCUGUGAUGGGCUGUGCUCACACAACAAAAAGCACAUCUUUAGUAUUUCUGUAUAUGUUGGAAGUUCUCAUGAAUGAGGACACUGAAGGAGGCAAUUUCUUAGCACUGAGCCACCCUGAAGAUGACUCUGAUAGCAGGACACCUAUUUGUGUGUUGGCUUAUUUAUAAAAUUGGUCUUUUCUGUCUAGUUCAUUUAUAUUAACCUGGUUCAUCCACUGUGGUUAUGGAGAACAAUUUCUCCCCUUUCCACCCAGAGCUUUUCUGAAUCUCAGUAGAGAAUAACAAAUUUUAUACUCACUACUGAAAUGUCAUAUAUAUUUCAUGCUCACUGCAUUAUAGGGGGGCGGGAGGACCCUGGUGUCUUAAAUUAGCAAAAUAAUUAGAAGAACAGUAAUGAGGAAAGUGUGUAAUUUAAAAGGAAAAAGAGAGUAUGUGGGAGUUCAGGUUGGCAGAAAGAGUUUGUGAAGCUUUUCAAUUCCCUUACCAGCUGCUUCUCUGAGGGAAACCAUGGAGGUCACCUCAUUAUAGAACAAACACCCAACAGAAUCCUGGGAAAUUUCUGAGAAAAUUAUCUGUUAAAAAUAGUUGAGGAAUAGGGACUAGGCCAUAUCCCUCACCUAUUAGCAUCAAUAGCAAGACACUUUCAUUCUUUUCAAUGGCAGCAGAUGAAGAGCAAACAGUGGCAGACAUACUUCACACGAGAGUGUCAGCCUAGUAAUAUGGUGUUUGCAUAAGUUGCGCACGUGGCAUUGCACUGGAAUAAGCCAGCCAAUUGGAAAGAAUAGACUUCCUCUUGCGUGACACAUUUGGAGCAAAUUUCGCAUUUGCACAAACACAGUGUUACUGGGCUGGCAUACCCUUGCAUAUUAAGUCAGCCUAUAAGAGAAAUAUUGAAAUAGAGUUGCCGCUCCUUUCUUUGGUGUGUCCUUCUGACUCCUAUAAGAGUAGCACGACAUGCAGAAAUUCCAUGUCUUUCUGCAGACUCUAUAUGCCAGUGUUUGUCCCUAUUAUAUUGAUACCUGCCCUUAGUAAAUAAUUGCCCCUAUUUUGUCUUUUGAACAGAUCUCAGAGAUGCUUUUUGAAAAAUCAUGCUAGCAUGGGUUGCUAAGGUGGUCAUUCUUUGGUCUACUCUGGAGGUGAGGUUAUGAUGCCUCUUGACUCUAGUGUGUGUGUCAGUGCAUGUCCACGGACAGAAAACUCCAGUGCACUGCUUCUCUUUUGCAUUCCCCAUCCUCUCUAGACAGGAAGGCGCAUGACUCAUUUAAUUGAUUGUGUUUAUAUCCCAGCUUUCUUUUAUCAUGGAACUCAAAAUGGUAUGCUGAAGAUCUCACAGACAAUUUCUAACUCAGGUGCUGACUAGACCUAGCCCUAAACUUGAACUAAGUGGGUCUAGGCCUGGCCAACACUUGGAUGGGAGAUCUUAUGCCUGCCACUUUUGAGUUCCAUGAUGACUGGAGCACGCUCUACUAAAGGAGUGCCAAGGGGGCAGGGCUCCUACCAAAAAUUGUGAGAUUAAGCUCGAGAACAGAGCUGCCCAACUUUGGCCCUCUUGCUGAUGUUGGACUACAACUUCCAUCAUCCAUUACUAUUGGCCACUGUGGCUGGGUAUGAUGGGAGUUGUAGUCCAGAAACAGCUGGAUGGCCAAAGUUGGGCAGCCUUGCUCUAGGAGGUUCCAAUUCAUGGCUCUGCACAGGCGCAAAUCCAACUGCGUGAUAUGCACAGAAACCGCAAAGAAGAAAUGAGAUGUUUCAAAAACACAAGAGUGUUUCUGUUUUCAUCUAUGAAAUUUUGGAGGGUAUGAAAUUCAGCAGCUGGAGAAGUUCCUCCCACCCAGCUUGUAGAAACAGAAAUGAGAAAUGGCAUCACCUAACAAACUUCUGCCUUGUCAUGCAAUUGCUCUGCUAGGGAAGUGGCAGCACUAAUUGGAAAAGAAAGUAUUUGUGCCUGAAGUUAUGAAAAAGGCACUAAGCUACAAAAAACUGAAACAAGUGGGGAAUUAAAACAUGUUUCCUUAGUGGUUCAGGUUCUCCUGGGUAUGAUAGUUUUCACUGCUGCACACUCACUAAACAUGCCCUCACAAAACCCUUCCUAAAUUCAAGGAUAAUGGACUAUUUCAACAUUUAUUUAAAUGCUGCUGCCUUGCAAAACCAUUGCCAGUUGCAGCACAGGGAUUAUGCAUACAGCUUUAUAUAAUCUGAUGCAGCAAGAGAAGACACAGCCAUGGCCAGGGGCGGCCCUUUUAUGAGGGGAGGUGAGGUGGUUGCCUCCGGUAGCUGAUUGUUGGGGUGCAAGUUGUCUUUCUGCUACCUGCUUUAAAAAAAAGAGUGGAGGGGGAAAGUAAAAGUAGAAGCUACAGCUGCCUCUUCUGCUGCUGCAUCAAGAAAUCUAAAGGCACAAGCACAUUCUCCUGUUUGGCACCUGGCAGCCUCUAGAUAACACUUACUAUUUUCUCUAUUGCACAAACAAAGCAUAUUGCUUGUACUACUUACACAAUUAUUAUCCAGCCACAGAAUCAAAAUUAGAAACAAAGGCCCUCUAUAGUCAGUGCUCAGCAAUGGAUACUCUUGUAUUUCCCCCAGAAUGAAAUCCAGUUUAUUCCAUACUUCUAUUCUGCCAGAUAAUGUAACUUUCCUUAUCACAGUAUAGUAAAGUUUAUCACUUUCAACAUAGCUGCUACAUCCCAAAUUGGGCUGACAGCUUUCUUCUGGAUUCCAUUAUCAUUUUGGUAUUCAUUGUCAAAGGAGUUCAGCUGAUUAAGAAUCUUCUGAGUCUUGAAAUGUUAGGAUCCCAGCUGUUAUUUAACUAAAGCCAGUGCUAAACAUGGAAAACAAGGACUGCAGUCUGUGUACACUCUCUUGGAAGUAAUUCUCAUUGAAUUCAGAGGACUUACUCCAAAAUAAACUGUUGGGAUCAGGUUGUAAAGUACAAACAUAUGGGAAAUAGAAUUACUAAUUUUUAUAUUGGCCUUUACUAGCAACAUAUCACAAAAAUGAAGCAGGAAAGGUUUUUCCUGUCUAAAAGUGAUAAGAAAAACUUCAUCUGCUUCAUUUAUCUGGGUCAGGCUGCUGUUAAGGGCACAGGAAUAAGCGAGUACAAAAAUUGUGGAAAACCUGCAGGUCUCUUGAUAUCUAUCAUCCUUAACCAGAACAACCUUUCUUUACUCUGUUGCCUGAACAUUUUAGUUGAGAACAUCUGGCCUUGCUACUAAGUAAGGAGUUGAAAACACCCUAAAAGUUCCAUCGUCUCCCAAGUGGUUUACAUGAUGGCAGUGUGCAGAAACCAUUUUAAACGUUGCUUUCAGCAAAUCUUUGAGGAAUUAUUGAGCAGAUGACAGCCAUCUGCAAUGUAAAUCAAUUAAUAAAGUCAUUCUUGGCUUACAAUAAAUAGUUUUGGGUUGCUGCCAUUUAGGAACUAGUAACUAUCUUAGAACAGAACAGCUCUCUGUGAAAGGGAACAGUGGUCCAGCUUCUCAAGGGUCCUAUUUCUUUGCUUACCUAGAGAUCCCUGGACGAGCAGAACAGAAUAUGGAGCAUGGGUUGGAUUGCCUGAAGAGUGAGAGGCAGAGAUACUAGCAAGCAGUGCAGACAGGGUAAAGUUAAAGGAUCGUGUUUGGGAGAUCCACAGCUUGGGGAUGUCAUUCCCUUCAAUGCUUUGUGAACAAGCAGUUCAUAAAACAGGGCCACCCAAACAUAAAGUAGUGGUUUCUACAUACUCUGGGGGCUGCCUAGUGUGCAGAAGUAGAUGCAUUUGUAAAUUUUUAAAAUAAUUUCUUUUAAUGCCCAAAUAGUUCUUUUAGCUUCCAGGAGCUAUGUGGCUGUUGUAUUUUAUCUAGAAAUCUUUUGUCUUUUGUUAAUUAGAAGUUUGUCCCAGUGGGGAUCCAGUAGAGCGUAUGGGGAAUGGAGUUAGAAAAGAAAAGGGAGGGAAAGGAGAAGGAGAAAAUGGAAUUGUUUCUGAAUAAAGUUUAGUAAAACAAACCUAA